AGUCUCGAUAACAAUUACUGCUAUUUAUGACGCGCGUUCUAACAGUACGAAUUUGCGCAACCGUUCCUAAUUGAAGAAAACGCGGCGGGUUCGAUUCUCCCCUACGGCCGUCGCGCAUCUGUCGUCCGCGUUUACCAAAUCCGGCGGCCAUCGGCGCGAACGGUUCAUUACGUUCUCGUCACGAUCCUCCGCGUCUGACACGUGUUCUGUUCGCGCGAGAGGAAACGGCGGCUGUCGUUAAAGUCGCGCGUCAAACGAUUACAAUGUGAUACGACGCUGUUGUGUAAACAGGAGUAGGUGGACGGAGUGGGAGGACGUUUUUCUUAAGGCCCCCAUAUAUGCUGAGACCGGCGGCGACGCGGACGUCGCAGCAAGUGAUGGGUUUGAGCCUUCUUCGCUGUUUCUUCCAGUGAAAUAUGUAUCAUGAAACUUUGGGAGACUCGAACUCGUCACUUACAGUAAUGCCACAGGUGUCGACGUGCCUUUAGAGAGUAGAAUGGUCCUGCUUGUGGCCACAGUACUCAGGAGUACCCUUAGUUCCAAUUUUUCAGCUGAUUUAUUCCUUUCUUCUGCUGAAAAAAUUAAAAGUCACUAUCAUAUGUCUCAAUAAAAAAUAGCACUUUUAAGAUUAGUUUUACAAUUAUUUAUUAUUUAGAAUUAUAGUUUGUUGUACUACUUCUUUGAGAAGUGUGGAAGGUUUUAAAGAUCACGAUACUCUGCAUGGCAGUGGUCCACGUGAUUUGCGACCUACCACCGGGUACCAGACGCAACACGUACCUGCCACCUGAGCCGACAAAGGGUUACAAUUACGACACGCCUGCGAUACCAUUCCCCAAGUCGACGACCACGCGACCACCGUUCUCACCGACGACGCCGUACCCGACCAGAACGCCGCGUCCUUAUCCUAAAACGACCACAAAGUUCCCGACAACGAGACCAACACCUGGCACAGGAUAUCCGCCACCGGGACCAAGGCCCACACCGGAUUUCCCUGAUUAUGGACCACCGACUGGACCCACCCCUGGUGGACAUGACCACCAUCAUCACGAGCCAGGCAUGCCGUUCGACUUCAACUAUGCAGUGAAGGAGGACGCGUUCGGCAACGAUUACUCCCACAACGCCAUCAGCGACGGUGACAUUGUCCGCGGAGAGUACAGAGUUCAACUUCCGGACGGGAGGUUGCAGGUCGUGCGAUACACAGCUGACUGGAAGCACGGGUUCAGUGCGCAGGUUUCCUAUGACGGGAAUCCCCGUUUCGACGUUCCUCGGCCGACUGGCACCUUCACGGGCUACUAAGAGCGUCGUCGAGCCUAGGGUUGCCAACUUUAACACGCACUCACGUCCUUCCGCGAUUCUCAGUGCCCUGAUAACAACACAGCUCUAAUUAGAUGAAAUCAUAAUUUUUGGAUAAACGAGAUAUCCCUCUUAUUUCUUUCUUUAUUUUCCAAAUGUCGCUUAACCCCUUGUCCAAUGAAUUAUUUUGUUAAUUAUGAUCGAUGCAACUACUUUAUUAGAACAAUUUUGAUGCUUAUUCUAUGUCUAUGUAUACUCUAAAGGUUAACGACUGAUAAUAGAAAAGUAAUAUUUAAUUUAUAUUUAAAAAAAGAAAUAAAUAAUAGAUUUUUGAAAUUCAGUUUGAAAUUUUCACCAGGAGUCUGACAUGAUAUUGUAGGUCAGGGAGUUAAUUUAAGGUUUGAUUAUAACCAGGAGAAACUCAUUAUCCUUACAGAAGAAUGAUAUUUGGGAAUACUUAGCUUUGAAAGCAUCUGUGGUAGCGUCUUCCUGCAGGAUGAAGAAUCUUUAAUUAUAGACGUUUUCCUCUAAUUUACUGCCAGUACUAGAAGCAAUAAGAGCAACCCCUUUAGCCCAGAGUAUAUUUCUUAUUCCUCAGUUAGUUGUGUCCAAUGGACACGGAUAUACAUAGAAGGAGCAAAAUAAAUAAUUGUAAAAAUCAAGGUGUAUUUCUUUCUGAAACACGAGAUGUCGGUUGAAGAUUAAUUUCUAGCAGUAAUUAUUUAAUUGAAACGCCGCUAAUUACGAGACCAGUACUAACCCCCUUGCAGUUCAGUUUCUUGCAAUGACUUUAGUCCAGAAAGGGACAAAAAAUCAAGAGGCAUGUGUCUCCAUUACGUUGGGGAUGAUAAUUAUAUAGCCAAGUUGUCGGAGAAAGGAGAAUUCAUUGUAUUAUUUUUUAUAAUAAAAAUAUGUGUAAUUUAAAACUUCCCUCUUUUACUGUAAUUUCUUUUGUAUUUCAGAACCGAAUGAAAUUUUAUUUUAUUUAAAGAUUUUUUUUUAAUUGAUGAACUGAAUUAAUUUAAACAUUCUUUUACUCUUUAUGUAAACUACUGAAAAGAAAUGUAAAUCAGAAAGUACCCUUACACUGCCAACCCUA